AUGAAAGACCAUCUGGCCUUAUUACGCACGGAACAUACAGAGUUGCAGAGUCGUUAUUCAGAGUUAAAGAAAAAAUAUGAAAUAGCAACUGCUACAUGUCCAAAUGAAGGAGUCUCUUUUGCUUCAUCGGUACUAUCGCUUGUGAACUCGCUGUUUGGUGAGACGAAAUACAGUGAUAUUCGCUUCUCGGUGGCCGAACGUACCUUUCAUGCGCAUCGUCUCGUUGUUGCGGCUAGAACUACACAUUGGAAUCUUGUUGACAAUGAGUUGAUCACGAUUGACGAUGUUGAGCCGGCGACCUUUGAAAUAGCACUUCGAUGGAUUUAUCAAGACACUUUGGCUCAAAACUACGAUGCGAGCACGUUAAUGGCAGUGGCAAAUCUGGCGAUUGCUUGCAAGCUGCCACAUCUGGUGGAGUUGUGUGAAAGGAGUUUGUCGUUACUUCUCGAGGUUAAAAACGCAGUUUCUAUUUAUGAAUUUGCUGACCGAGUCAAUUCAAAGGAUUUGAAGGAAAAAUGCUCACAACUUAUUACAGAGAGAUGGAAGGAAUUCAGCCCUGAACACUUUGCAAAUUUUCCUGCGCCUCUAUUGUUACGGCUAUUAAAAUCACAAUGUGAAAACCCAUUGCAUACGAUUAUUGACCUCGAACGAGAAGAUGCCCUAUUUCUUUACUUUGUGGAAAACGAUUCCAAGUUAUUCGACCUUGUUAACGCUCCAGAUUCAGAAGGGAUACUUUCACUUGAACGAGCGUUGAGACGAGGAAAUUAUUCGAUUGCAAAGCAGUUACUUCAACACAAAGCCGAUCCCAAUAAACUGAAUUCGAAGCAAUGCCCAUUGAUGAUAAAAUUUGUCCAAGAAGAUCUUUUUGAUGCGGUGCAAUUUUUGGUGGAAAACGGAGCUAAUUUGUUCUUGUCGGAUCAAGAUGGAUCUACGGUUUGCCAUCAUCUUGCUGAAAGAAAACUAUCAGCUGAAACAUUGAAGUGGAUUGAGGUGAUGAUCGAACAGUUGCCGAUAGAUUUGACAAACAAGAAAAAACAGAGUCCCUUACAUGUUGGUGUUUUAUCCGGAAACAUUGACUUUAUAUCUCGCUUGCUUUCAACAAAACGUGUCGACUUGAACAAGGUUGAUGUGGAAGGCUCGACUCCUCUUUCUCUUGCACUCUUUACAAAUAAAAAUGAAGAUAUUGCUCAAAAGUUGCUCAUCGCCGGUGCUGACAUUAAUAAACAAUUCGAUAAUGGAGAUUAUUUGGUACACCGAGCUAUAGGUGAUAUAGAAACUUUGAACUUUUUGCUGGAAAAGGGCGCUAACCCUGAAGUUUUCGACAAAGAAGGAGAAUCGCCUCUUGCAGUUGCUGUUCAUUGGAAUUGUGGAAAGUCAAUUGAAACCCUCAUUCGAUACGGAGCGGUAACGAAAGGCUACCUUCAUUUGGCUAUUAACAGCAACUAUCUUGAAGCAGCCACGGUUUUGUUAAGCAACGGUGCAGAUGUCAAUGAAGUUGACUCGUCGAAAGAAACUCCGUUGCUGGUUGCAAUUCGAUCUAAAAAUGAUGAUGCUACUGUUUUCCUCCUUAAUAAUGGUGCUUCCCACUUGAUAAAAAAUACUCCAAGUGGAUGUACGAUUACCGAAUUAUGCGUUGCUGGUGGGCUGGCAAAAGCGGUGCGCCUGUUGACUUCAUUAGGCAUUGAUCUCAAUGAACGAGUUGAUCAGGGUGCCGGUUUUCCGCUUAUUAUAAGAGCAUUUGAAAACGAGCAUUGGCAAUGUGCUUCUGUGUUGAUCUCAGCUGGGUGCGAUCUAGAAGGACGUACAGUAGUGGAAGGAGCUGAAACUACACUUCUUCACGAGUCAUUAAAACGAGGAUGGUCAGGGGCGGCUACUCUAUUGAUUGAAGCAGGGUGUGAUCUAAAUGCAACUCGAAGAUUAACGAAUUCAGCUGAAGCAGAUCGACGAACCCCACUUCAUAUGGCGGUUGUCUAUGGGAAUUACGACGUUAUUCCGUUCAUCAUCUCUUUUGGCGCUGAUUUAGAGAGACAAGAUAACGAAGGCCGAACGGCUGGCCAUCUGGCUGUACAAGAAGGUAGUGAGAAGGCCAUUGAAGCACUACUUGCUUCGGAAAACGUUGGAUUUCUUUCUGUUCGUGAUCGACUCGGACACACUCCACUUUCAUUGGCAAUAACACUACGUCACCACAGAAUUGCAUCAACAAUCGUGAAACGACAACCACAUGCGGCUUUGCAAUGCAAUGGAAGUGGGGAAAACUUACUGCACACGGCCGUAAAGGCCAAUGAUCUAGAAAGUGUUCUGUUUUUACUUGGCACUGAAAUGGAUGCCUCGCAACCAACUGCAGACACUUCGAGAAGAACGGCAAUACAUCUGGCCGUUGAAUAUGCAAAUAAUGAGAUGAUAUUGCGGAAUCUGCUUUUAACUGGUUGUAAUGUGAACGGGCGAUGCUCUGAGGGAUCAAUAGCUUUGCAUACUGCUGCAAGAUGUGGAAGAGCGGCGCAUGCUAUGAUUCUUCUUGAAAAUAAUGCUGAUCCGUCAAUUCAAGACAACAAAGGAAACACAGCUAUUCAUAUUGCCCUAUCGAAUGGGGCCUCGGAAGUAGCAAAAGCGUUGCUUUCAAACAAUAAUGCGGACCUACGAAUAACAAACAAAAAGGGCUUAACACCGCUACAUAUGUGUGCUUCAACUUGUGGGGCGUUAGCGGUGGAAACGUGUGAAAUGCUACUGAAUACAUUGGCUAAUGGAGCUCCCGAGGUUUCGCAACAGGAUAUAGAUGUAUUGGAUGCAAAUGGAAACACUCCUCUUCUCCUUGCUUAUAUGGCUGGUAAUGCUGCAGUUUGUCGUCUACUUCUGAAAAGAGGAGCCUCGAUGGGUAUUCGGAAUUAUGAUGGAAUUUCAAUGUUUAACUACGAUACGCCGACAAAACAAUUGCUUUUUGGAUUGUUGGACACGCUUGAACGAGAACCACGAUGGGCUGAGGGGGAUACGUGUAGCGAUUGUGGUGUUAAGUUUUCGAUUACGACAAGGAAACAUCAUUGCCGGCAUUGCGGGCGGGUUAUGUGCUCCAAAUGCUCAGAGACAGCAAUGCCAAUAUUGAAGUUCGGUGAAGAGAAGCGACAACGUGUUUGUGCUCUUUGUGCACAGGUCUUAACAAUAGGUGCUCCACGUUCA